GGCAGCUGGAAGAUCAUGGCCCAGGCCCUAGAAGAUGGGAACCCGCUGCCGGAAGCCUCGGACGGGCAGGCCGAGUCGAGCGCGCCCAGCGCUCCGCAGAUCCGCUCCCACAGAAGGGACAACCGCAGCCUUGGCAGGUACAAGGGCCAAGCCGUCGCGGAUGGUGCCAACCUGUCCCGGGAGCGACUCCUCCACAACGCCCUGACGGUGAGCGGGGCGAGCGGAGCACGCCGGCGCGGGGCGCUGCGGGAGCUGCUGGGGUUGCAGGGGGCGGCUCCCGCCGGGUGGCUGUCGGAGGAGCACUUGGAGCCCGCUGCGCCUGUGUCCCGCCGCUCAAGCGGACAGGGCAACAGCCGGGUGUGCCUCGAGCCGCGGGAGCACGCGUGGAUUCUGGCGGCUGCCGAGUGCCGUUUUGAAGUGCUGCUGGAGAUGCUGGAGGCUGAGCCCAGCUUGCUGAUGCGGGAAGACCCGAUCACUGGCUACAGCGUGCUGCACUGGCUGGCAAAGCACGGGCGCCACGAGGAGCUCAUUCUAUUGCACGAUUUUGCCAGGCGCCAGGGACUGCCCUUUGAUGUGAGCGCCCCUGGCAGCGGUGGCCUCACGCCACUCCACCUGGCGGCUCUGCAAGGCCAUGAUAUGGUCAUCAAGGUGCUGGUGGGAGCCCUGGGUGCUGACCCCUCACGUCGAGAUCAUAGUGGCAACCGACCUUGUCACUACCUGCGGCCCGAUGCUUCUCUGAGCCUCCGGGAGCUGUCCGGUGCAGAAGAAUGGGAGAUAGAACGCGAAAGAGAUAGAGAACGCGAAAACGCCAACAACAACAGCAGCAGCACUACGACGACGACCACCACCACCACCACCCGGUGGCUGAGACGCACCCCAAGUGCAUCUCGCAUCAAGUCCAUGGGAAUACACUACAAAGAGGCGUCUCAGGCAGCCAAAGAGAAGAAGGCAUCGGGCAACCAGGGGGCACAAGGCAAUGGCUUUCUGCGCCAUCUGUUCCCCUUCACCCAGGAUCGUUGAAGGUGACAUGGACUAGAGAGCUCAUUCUUAGGUUGUUUCUGACCCCACCCAAGUAGAUGCUCCUCUGAUGCAGCUCGGUCCUGCAACGGGUAGACCGGUCACAUCUGGGCCUCUAGUUCUGUCCCAGGUCUCCUGCAGCUAGCUAACUGUCAGAACGAUCAACAGAGAAAGAAACCAAAGAACCAGGCUGGCCCUGGUACUCAGCCCCAAUACUGUGGGACUUUGGACAUUUGGAACGAGGAUGGUGGUCCUCCUUGGAAGAGAAGGGGGAAGAUACGCUUCUAGUGGCC